AUAUAAUUCUUGUUUCUAUUUUUCAGUUGUGCAGAUGAUAUUAGACGAUUGUUUCGGUGAUGACUGUAGCACGAGACUGAUGGCUUGAUCAGGUUGGUAAAUUUUUAGAGUUGUUUUGUAGUUUUAUUUUCUUCUGUUAUUAAAGUUGAUUUCGGUUUCUUCAUUUGAAGUGAAUUAAUAAUAUUUCCUUAUUGGCUGAGAUGCGGCGAAGUUUAGGCUAUGUUGAUUAGGCUGUAGUAGAAAGAUGCUAGUAUGCAAAGAUAUGAUUUGAUGGGUAGGCUGUGACUAUGAAGUGUUUGAUGGUUGAUGUAAUUCACAACGUAGCUUCCAGUUGAUUAAAAGAUUAUUAUUUCCUCAAGCCCCCAUCUAAAUUUGAUUUCUGAUUUGUUCCAAGUUUCCAUUCCAAUUUGCAACUAUCCAUUUUAUUAAAUUUGGCUUAAAACGAAUGUGCCGGCGGUGUAAAUCACUUCUUACAUACGUGUUUCCUCUUUGUCGGCCGGUAACAUGCAGUUUAAUCUUUUUAAACCUUACAUGCCGGUGGUGUCUGUAGGUUUUUUCGAAUAAUCUUUUUCUUUUUUGCAUGCCGGUGUACAGUCUACUGGAUUUUAACCGGACGUGACUGCGGUGGUUGUAGGUCCUUCUUAAUACUGUCUUCCUUUUUCCUUGCAUUUUGGUGUGAGAUUUGAGGUAGGAUUUCAGCUUUAUAUGACGGCGAUGUAGAUAGAUUCUUCUUGAGACCAUUUUUCCUUUUUGCAUGGCGGGGAGAAAUUUAAUAUCCAAUUUUAGUCUUACAUGAGGGCGGUGGUUGUAGGUUCUUCUAGAUAUUCUUCUUCUUUCUUGAAUUGUUUUUCUGCUUGUGUGUAGUCUUGACUUCAUGCGGAUUUUAAUUGUUCUAAUGUUGUUUUCUGAUUGUUUUUGAUGGAUACUGAUUUGAUGUGUUGCAGGUGCUGUCCUCUGUGGAUGGGAGAUAUGUGCGGUCGGCGGUCCGGGCUGCUCUUCAACUUGGUGGGCAAUGUCCUUGGAUUCCUGGUGUCCGGCGCGCGGUGGUACGGGCUGUCCCUCUACCUGAUGGAUGUCGUCCUCGGCCUGGCGGAUGAUGUCGACUGGUUCCUCUCGGCGUUCGGCGGGGUGCGGCGCGACUCCAGUCUUGACAUUCUCGGAGGGCGUCCAUAUCCAGUGCGGGAGUGGGCGUAUGGCGAACGGUUAUCUUCUGGUUUUUUAUCCGAGCGACAGUACGAGAGAUGGGGGUUCCUGUUUCUGGGGCGUCGUCGUCCGUAUGCUCUCCCGAUGUUUCGUCCUCCGGCUCUUGGGCUGCCGACGGAUCUUCCACUAGGAUGCAGCUCUCCUCCACCUGUGUCGAAGAUAAAUCAUCCAGUACAUUGGGAUGGAAAUCGGCGGAUGCGGUGGCGGAUGCGGAUGGCGGCGAACAAUCGGGUGAGAGGUCCUCGGUAUCCGACAGACUUGGAUUGACCUGGUCGUUUCCUGCCAUAGUUUGCGGAAAAAUAGCGCAACGAAAGUGUGCAGUGAAUAAAAAACGUGAAAGUGUUGUGAUAUACAAAAUAAUUGGUAAGGAAUCCAAUAGAAAUUGUUAUAGCGCAGUAGUGAGUGAAAUACAGAAAAGGUGGUUUAACAAUGUGUUCAGUGAUAAAAUGAGUCAAGUUAGCAAUAUCGUUAACAUAAAAAUGACACGAACAUACAGGAUACACAGUGAACACUUAUGCAGUAAUACAGG